AUGGCAAACAAUUUGAACACUGUUGUUCAAAGUAUUCGACACAACAACGAAGUCGGAAGCAGUGAUAAACCUCUCGUAUUGUUGAAUGAGUUAGAUUAUCCGGAAUGGAAGAUACGAUUUGAACGAUACAUCAAAGCGAAAGAUUUAAAACUGUGGUUAUGUAUGACGUUACGAAUUGGAGGACAACCUGCUCGAACUUUGACAAUUACAGCUUUGUACCGUGCAAAGCAAACUGAAAAGGGAAGUAAUUUAGGUGUUGCUUUCGUUUCAGAUGCUUCUCAAGGGGAUCCUGCAAACCAUAAUUCCUUUGUCGUUGGUAGCAAUAGUGGAAUUAAAAUUGGUGGAAUCCCUAUAUCUUUUGGAAGGUCAUUGUCAAGUGCUAGGCCAAGUGAACCAACCAUGAAUGUUCCUAAAAUCGACCCGCAUAGUCUUAAGCUCAUAGAAGAAAAUAUGGCACUUCUUGCCUCAUUCAUGACAACAUUCAAUAAUUUUGCACUUGGUAAAUUAGUUGAACCAUCGACUCUCGAUGAAGAUCUUGAUCAAAUCGAUCAAGAUGAAUUAGAAGAGCUUGAUUUGCAACUAAGUAUGGCGUUAUUGGUAAGAAGUGCGAAGAAAUUUCUUCAGCGAACGGGAAAGAGUUUCAUUGGUGGUAACACAAAGACACGAAUGGGAAUUGACAUGACCAAAGUAAAAUGCAACAACUGUGGUAUCUAUGGUCAUUAUGCAAGAGAGUGUCAAAAACCGAAGAGUAGAGAAGGAAGUAAUGGUCAAGGAAGCUCAACAAGAUCCAACAACAACAGUCUAGCCCUAUCCAAUACAACUUCUACCACUUCAACAACAACCACAUCUGAUAACCUUACUCCUAAUGCUAAUAACGCUAUGAUUGUUCAACCCCUUCAAACUGUUAAUGAGCCACACGAUUGGGGGAUUGUAAUGGAAGAAACAGCUACUGCUAUUGUUUCACAAGCGUUCUUUGCCGAGAGUGUUGAAGAAGGGUUUGGAGAUUUGUUUGAAGAGGCGAAUGUGGAAGAGUUGACUGUGGUGGCGGAAGCUCUAAGUGAGAAUUUGGAAAUGGAGAAAAUCAUUGAAGCUGAAGAAAACAAGAGAAAAGAGAACAUGGAAGAAGAAAGAAGAAAGAAAGAAGAAAAGAAAGUUGAAAAGAAAGAUGAAAAUGAUCGUUUUGAAUUCAAGAUUGCAGCCGAAGAAAUGCAACGCUUGGCUGAUAAAGAAAUGACAAAGAUGAAAGAAGGAAAAGCAGAAAGCUCGGAUCAAGCUUUCAUGACUAACAUCGAGGUACAAUCUAAAUCUGAUGAUAAAAGAUGUCCUAGAUGCGUAGACUUUGUUGCUAAGUGUGACAGAUACGCACUCCAUAACAGUAAUUUGAUUACUGAUCUGGAGAAAUCUAGAGAGUUAAUUGUCGCGCUUUUGAGGGCCGACAAAGAACAUAGAAGUCAGGUGCUUGCCUUGAAAAAGGACAUCUCUGAAUUUGAGAGACGACUUGCUCAAGCGACGAUUAAGAAUCAAGAUUUAAAAUCUGAACUUGAAACUUGUCAAAACACUGUUUUGGAAAAGAAACAAUUAAUUUUAGACAAAGAUAACUUGAUUCUUGAUCUGCAGCGAAAACUUGAGAAGUUUGAAAGUUCAUCAGAUGUGAUGAAUUUUUGCAUAAACAAUCUUCGUCUCAAAGAUUCAGAAGAUGAGAUGUUUGGUGUUGGUUACAAGAAGGUUCCACCUCCUAUUUACCACAACUAUACAUCGACACCUACGAUUGAUCCUGAAAUUGCAGAUUUCGUUCCAACUGCUCUAUUGACUGUUGAUCCUUUGAGUGAGGAAGAAUCUGAAUCCGAAUCGGAAUCAGAACAAAAGAGCACGAGUGAUGUUAAAACAAACGAAAUUGAUUUAAGCAAAAUUGAAAAUUUGAUAAACUCAAAGAUUUUGGAAGCUUUAAAUCAAGUUCAAAAUGUUCAAAAGCCGAAGCCUAAAAACAAAGGUAAAAAGAAUGUUAAAAACAUUUCAAAAACCAACUUUGUGAAAGGCGAAAGCUUUAACAUAGAAGGUGAAACGAUUGAAAAAGGCUCAAAUUCUGAAUUUGUGAAACAAAAGGCAAAAGGCUCAAACGUAGCAUCCUCAUCCUCAAAUAGACACUUAGCUGCAAAUUGUCCAAACGACAAUGGAAAGAGUCGUGUUGAUCCUAAACUUGAUAAACCUUUUGUCACCAAACCACAAAAUGAACCUAAAAAGAAUGAAAAGAAAAGUGGUAAAACUCAAAAAGGAGAAAAGCCUAAGGUUGUAAAGCUAGAAAGCAAACCUGUUUCUAAACAAAAGGAUAAAAAUCAAAAACAAAAGGAUCAGGAUACCGAUUCAUCAUAUGAUGAUAGCCAUCGUGGUUCAGAUCGUGGAUCGGAAAGUUCUUCAGCAAAACGUGAAAGUCGUCAGAAAACCCCUGCUCGACGACCAAAUCGUGAACAGCUGAAGAGAGCUAUCUAUAUUUGGUAUAUCGAUAGUGGUUGUUCCAAGCAUAUGAUGGGGAACAAAGAAUUGUUGUCAAAUUUGAAAUCUAUUUGUAGUGGUUAUGUUAACUUUGCGGGUGAAAAGGGUGGAUAUAUCACGGGUGAAGGUUUUGUAUCAAACGGCAAGAUCACCUUGCACAAGGUGAACAUUGUUGAAGAACUGAAGCACAACUUGUUGUCAGUUUCUCAGAUCUAUGAUAACAAGUAUUCAAUUCAUUUCACAGAUAAGGCUUAUUUUGUUCUAUAG